GGCCCAACUAGGAACCAACGUUCACUGCUUUGUUUCCCAGGCGGAAGGUGAAGUUGAGCAAAGCAAAAUGGCGAGCCAAGAGGAGUCUGUGCGGGACUUUAUCAACGUUACUGGCGUCGACGAGGAGAGGGCCCGCUUUUUCUUAGAGUCCACUAGUUGGAAUUUGCAGCUUGCUCUUGGUAGUUUCUUUGAGGACGGACCUGAUGAUGACGACAUUGUGACUCUGCCUCAACCUGAAGGCGGCUCCUCUGUGUCCAGAUCUACCGGUCCAAGCUCUCAGCACAGAGUGACGUCCUUCAGGGACUUCAUGCACGAGGCUGAAGAUGAAAGUGACGAGGAGGAAGGUCAGAGGUUUUUUGCGGGGGGAUCUGAGCGCAGCGGGCAGCAAAUUGUGGGGCCUCCUAAGAAGAAGAGUCCCAAUGAGGUGGUGGAGGAUCUGUUUAAAGGAGCCAAGGAGCACGGAGCUGUGCCCCUGGACCGCAGUGGGAGGGGCCCAGGGGAAUCCAGCAAAGCUAAAGCCUUCGAUGGGGGUGGAUAUAGGCUGGGAGCAGCUCCUGAAGAGGAGUCCGCAUAUGUUUCUGGCGGGAGACGUGACGCCAGCACAGGACAACAGGACGUACAUGUGGUGUUGAAGCUGUGGAAGACAGGCUUCAGUCUGGACGACGGCGAGCUGAGAAACUACAACGACCCUGGCAACGCUCACUUCCUCGAGGCCAUCCGCAGGGGGGAGAUUCCCUUAGAGCUUAGGCAGCGUUCUCGUGGGGGGCAGGUCAACCUGGACAUGGAGGACCACAGGGACGAGGACUUCAGCAAGCCCAAGUUGGCCUUCAAAGCCUUUGGAGGGGAGGGACAGAAACUGGGAAGUGCCACCCCGGAGUUGGUCUCAGCUCCCGCCACCUCUCAGCAGGACCAGGCGGCCAACGAAGCCCAGGCCAGUGCCAGUGUGAGCCUGGACACCUCUCAGCCCCUCACAAACAUUCAGAUCCGACUGGCGGACGGCGGCAGGCUGGUUCACAAGUUCAACCAUAGCCACAGGGUGUCAGACCUGCGGCAAUUCGUGGUGGCAGCCCGGCCUGCCAUGGCUGCCCGGGAGUUUGUCCUGAUGACCACCUUCCCCAACAAGGAGCUGUCGGACGAGAGCCAGACACUGCAGCAGGCCAACCUCCUCAACGCCGUCAUCGUGCAGCGGCUACAAUGAGGACCCCCUGGAGUCACGGACUUGUGUUGGGACCUCUUCAUUUCUGAUUGAUCCGGGUGUUUUUGCAGUGAAUGAUGACGGUGGUCCAAGACACGUCCGCUUGUACCCCACAUCAUUCCCUUUUUCUCUGGUGACAGCACAAGAAGUCCUCCAUGAGUUUUGUUCAUCUGAAGAUGGAUCAGAUGGGUUUCCGGUGCAGUCGGGAUGAUCCCAGCUUCAUUUUUGCAUUAUUGUUUUCUUGACCGACUGAUCAUGAUGAAUGAUUAGUGGCUAACCAUACAAUAUGUAAUAGAUUAUAAAGAUAGGUGGUGGACAUCCUCUCUGCAUCCUGGGGCCACAAGGGAACCCGUUUGGACCUUUAGGGAAUAAAUGAUCAAUGUGUGAGGAGGCCGGUGCGCGCUCGUAAAACACAACUAUUCGAUACGAUUCUACGCUUAUGUUUGUUGAUGUAGACAUGGAUCUCACAUUAUAAUAAAGAAGCCAGUUGUACACAAGUGUC